UAUUUGACACAGUCUUGGGCCCAAUCUAAUACAACAACCCUUCCAUUUCGCGGCAACGAAGAAAGAGCUACCGAGUACACUAACCAUGCCAAUGCCCAAUUAGGGCACAGAUCGAACCAUUGUCUCGUGAAAGAGAACCAGCGAAAGAAAAACGCGAGAGCAUAGAUUAGGGUUCCGAAUUCGAGCUGCGAUGUCUGGUUCCGAUAGUCGACAUGAAAACGAUGGCGAUAGAUACUCCAGCAAAGGAGGCGAUCAAGGUCAUGGAGGAUCGUCAACUUACGAUUCUUUCGAAGAUCGAAGUUCGCACUAUCACAAGAGUAGAUCUCGUGAAUCAGACCACAAGAGGUUGAGGACUAGAGAAAGGGAUCAAGACAGGUACAACAGUCGAGAUGUCCGUAAUAGGGACUACAAGGGGAGAAUUGCGAGAAAUAAUAGAGGAAGGGACACAAAUAGGGAUCAUGGCCAUCCUAGGGACCGUGCUUAUGACAGGCACCAUGAAUAUGAUCAAAACAGAGAAAGGCGUCGUAGCCAUAGAUCACGUUCCCGAUCAAAGGAUAGAUCAAAGGAGCGAUCUAGAUCUCGCUCUCCCUUGAAAAGCAAGCGGACAAGUGGAUUUGACAUGGCCCCAGCUGUUGCUUCCCUGAUGACUGGUGGUGCAGUUUCAGGACAACUAGGUGGUCCUCAAACAAUGCCAGGAAUGUUCCAAAAUAUGUUACCUUUUGAGACAACACAGGUUAAUCAGUUUGGAGCUCUUCCACUGAUGCCAGCCCAAGCCAUGACUCAGCAGGCUACAAGGCAUGCACGUCGUGUAUAUGUUGGUGGUCUUCCUCCUCUGGCUAAUGAGCAGAGUAUUGCAACAUUUUUUAGCGGUGUUAUGACUGCAAUUGGAGGAAAUUCUGCCUGUCCUGGUGAUGCGGUUGUAAAUGUGUACAUUAAUCAUGAAAAGAAGUUUGCAUUUGUGGAGAUGAGAACUGUUGAAGAAGCAAGUAAUGCAAUGGCUCUAGAUGGGAUUGUGUUUGAGGGUGUUUCUGUGAGGGUACGAAGGCCUACAGACUACAACCCUUCGUUAGCUGCAGCACUUGGUCCUAGCCAAGCAAGUCCUCACCUUAACUUGGCUGCUGUUGGACUUACACCUGGUGCGAUUGGUGGAGCUGAGGGUCCAGACCGUAUAUUUGUUGGUGGAUUGCCAUACUACUUUACUGAAGCACAGAUUCGAGAAUUGCUCGAGUCUUUUGGACCUCUGCAUGGGUUUGACCUCGUUAGGGACAGAGACACAGGAAACUCUAAAGGAUAUGGUUUCUGCAUCUAUAAGGAUCCCGCCGCAAUAGACGUUGCUUGUGCUGCUCUUAAUGGAUUAAAAAUGGGUGAUAAAACACUAACUGUCAGGCGUGCUACAAUCAGCAGUGGGCAGGUAAAACCAGAGCAGGAACAUAUAUUAGCACAGGCACAACAGCAUGUAGCAAUGCAGAAGAUGGCAUUGCAAGCCAGUGGUUUGAAUCUUCCUGGAAUGGAUAUAUUAGGAGGAUCUAUCACAACUAUGGAGGCUCCAACCAACAUUUUAUGCUUGACCGAGGUGAUUAAUGCUGAUGAACUAAUGGAUGAUCAAGAGUACGAAGAAAUAGUAGAGGAUAUGAGAGAAGAAUGCGAGAAGUUUGGACACUUGAAGAAUGUUGUUAUUCCCCGCCCAGAUCCAAAUGGAGAGCAGGUUUUAGGUGUUGGGAAGGUGUUCUUGGAGUACUCUGAUGCCGGUAGCUGUGCUAAAGCUAGGGAUGCACUAAGUGGCAGGAAAUUCGGAAGCAAUAUUGUGACUGCCGUCUACUACCCAGAAGAAAGAUAUUACAAGUGUGAUUAUGGUGCAUAAAACACAUGCACCCUGCCAUUACUACUUUUAUUUUGGUUAAGAAUCCAAAUGUACAAUUUUGAAUGCUUGUAAUUGAAUGGAUAACAUUUUCGUGUUAAUUUAGAUCUGUUCUUUCAAAUAAACCUUUUCUGUCUUUUUUGAAAGAACUGUGGUAUUUCACAUGUUAUAAUUAUCAAUGUAACAGAAGAAUUAUAAUAGAGGUGUUUUUAAUUAACUUAAUGGAUA